UGGUCCCAGGCUGCACCUACGACAGAAGGAGAGCAGAAAGCCCAUGAAGUGGUAAAGUUCAUGGACGUUUACCAGCGCAGCUAUUGCCGUCCAAUCGAGACCCUGGUGGACAUCUUCCAGGAGUACCCUGAUGAGAUAGAGUAUAUCUUCAAGCCGUCCUGUGUGCCCCUAAUGCGGUGUGGGGGCUGUUGCAACGACGAGGCCCUGGAGUGCGUGCCCACUUCAGAGAGCAACGUCACCAUGCAGAUCAUGCGGAUCAAGCCUCACCAAAGCCAGCACAUAGGAGAGAUGAGCUUCCUACAGCAUAGCAGAUGUGAAUGCAGACCAAAGAAAGACAGAACAAAGCCAGAAAAUCACUGUGAGCCUUGCUCAGAGCGGAGAAAGCAUUUGUUUGUCCAAGAUCCGCAGACGUGUAAAUGUUCCUGCAAAAACACAGACUCGCGUUGCAAGGCGAGGCAGCUUGAGUUAAACGAACGUACUUGCAGAUGUGACAAGCCAAGGCGGUGAGCCAGGCUGCAGGAAGGAGCCUCCCUCAGGGUUUCGGGAACCAGACCUGUCACCAGAAAGACCGACUAACCACACCAUCAUCAUCACCAUCGACAGAACAGUCCUUAAUCCAGAAAGCCUGACAUGAAGGAAGAGGAGACUCUUCGAGGAGCACUUUGGGUCCGGAGGGUGAGACUCCGGCAGAAGCAUUCCCGGGCAGGUGACCAAGCAUGGUCCUUCGUGGAACUGGAUUUGUCAUUUUCUUUUACUUGCUGCUAAAUCACCAAGCCCGGAAGAUUAGGGAGUUUUAUUUCUGGGAUUCCUGUAGACAUACCCACCCACGUACACACACAUAUAUAUAUAUUAUAUAUAUAAAUAAAUAUAUAUGUUUUAUAUAUAUAAAAUAUAUAUAUAUUCUUUUUUUAAAUUAACUUUGCUAAUGUUAUUGGUGUCUUCACUGGAUGUGUUUGACUGCUGUGGACUUGAGUUGGGAGGAGAAUGUCCCUACUCAGAUCCUGAUAGGGGAGACCAUAGGACGAAAAGACUCUGCUGUGGUCUUUCGUCCUCCUGCCUGCCAGGAAACGUGCAAGGCCAGGGCACGGGGGCACACUGGCUCACUUCCAGAAACACGACAAACCCAUCCCUGGCCCCGAGUCAAGAGGACAGAAAAAUGGCAGAUAAAGAGACAAAGAUGCUGGUUCCAGCAGGAGUUUGGGGAGCCUCAGGACAUGGCCUAUUUUGUGGAUUACCCACUACAUGCUGCAAGAGCAUCCUGCCCCUCUGGGCACUGCCCGGAAGAAUCAGGAGCCUGGCCAGCCUUCAGCUCUCUCCUCCACUUCUGACAUGCCCAGGAGGCCUCCCACAGGUGUCCUGGCAGAGAGAAAACACAUGGUGGAAGAAGAGGCCUGGCGAUGGCUCCUCCUCUCCCUACCCCACUUCCUGGGUACAGCCCAGGGGAACCCUGUGUGCUCAGACCAUUGAAACCACUAGUUCUGUCCCCAGGAGACGUGGCCUGUGUGAGUGGCUAGCCCAUCCCCAUCCUAUCCCUUCCCCUUCCCGAGGCACAGAGCAGUGGGGCAGGACCCGUAAGCCCCUCACGGAGGCAGAGAAAAGAGAAAGUGUUUUAUAUACGGUACUUAUUUAAUAGCCCUUUUUAAUUAGAAAUUAAAACAGUUAAUUUAAUUAAAGAGUAGGGUUUUUUUUUCAGUAUUCUUGGUUAAUAUUUAAUUUCAACUAUUUAUGAGAUGUAUCUCUUGCUCUCUCUUAUUUGUACUGUUUUUGUGUUUUGUUGUGUGUGUGUGUGUGUGUGUGUGUGUGUGUGUGUGUGUGUAUGAAAUCUGUGUUUCCAAUCUCUUUCCCGGAUCGGUGACAGUCACUAGCUUGUCCUGAGAAGAUAUUUAAUUUUGCUAACACUCAGCUCUGCCCUUCCCUUGUCCCCUCCACACAUUCCUUUGAAAUAAGGUUUCAAUAUACAUUUACAUACUAUAUAUAUAUUUGGCUACUUGUGUUUGUAUAUAAAUAUAUAUAUAUAUAUAUGUUUAUGUAUAUAUGUGAUCCUGAUGAAAUAGACUGCUAUUCUGUUUUUUAUAUGUAAAAACAAAACAAGAAAAAAUAGAGAAUUCUACAUACUAAAUCUCUCUCCUUUUUUAAUUUUAAUAUUUGUUAUCAUUUAUUUAUUGGUGCUACUGUUUAUCCGUAAUAAUUGUGGGGGAAAAAGAUAUUAACAUCACGUCUUUGUCUCUAGUGCAGUUUUCCGAGAUAUUCCGUAGUACAUAUUUAUUUUUAAACAGCAACAAAGAAAUACAGAUAUAUCUUUAAAAAAAGCAUUUUGUAUUAAAGAAUUGAAUUCUGAUCUCAAA